GUUUUAUGGGAGUUAGAAACCUCCCGUCUCAUAAAUCACUUCGAAAAAUCCAUGAAGGGAGAAAUUGAAGAUGAUGAAUUAUACAUAGUAGACAACAAUGGAGAGGCACAACUGUUUGAUUUUAGUGGCCAAGACUUUGAAAAUAAGCUUCGAGUUCCUCUUCUUGAAAUACUGAAAUAUCCUUACCUGCUUCUACAUGAGCGUGUUAAUGAGCUAUGUGUUGAAGCGCUUUGCCGGAUGGAACAAGCCAAUUGCUCCUUUCAAGUUUUUGAAAAACAUCCAGGGAUCUAUUUGUUUUUGGUCCAUCCCAAUGAAAUGAUUCGGCGUUGGGCUAUCCUGACUGCAAGAAACCUUGGAAAAGUGGACAGAGAUGAUUAUUAUGACUUACAGGAAGUUUUAACUUGCCUUUUUAAAGUCAUUGAGUUGGGCCUUUUAGAAAGUCCAGACAUUUACACUUCAUCUGUCUUUGAAAAGGGUAAACUGAUUCUUCUGCCCACACACAUGUAUGAUACUGCCAACUACAAAAACUAUUGGUUGGGUAUUUGCAUGUUGCUGACAAUUCUUGAGGAGCAAGCCAUGGACUCGCUGUUGCUGGGCUCAGACAAGCAAAAUGAUUUCAUGCAGUCAAUCCUUCACACCAUGGAGAGGCAGUCAGAUGAUGAUAGUGCAAAUCCUUUCUGGCCAGCAUUGCAUUGUUUCAUGGUAAUUCUGGAUCGGCUUGGAUCUAAGGUCUGGGGUCAACUUAUUGAUCCUAUUGAGGCAUUUCAGACCAUUAUCAACAACGGGAGCUAUAAUAGAGAGAUCCAGAACAUACGGAACAGCUCCAUAAGGACCAAGUUAGAACCAGAGCCAUCGUUGGAUGAUAUGGUGACUUGUAGCCAGAUUGUAUACAAUUAUAAUCCUGAAAAGACAAAAAAGGAUUUAGGGUGGAGAUCAGCCAUUUGCCCAGAUUAUUGUCCUAACAUGUAUGAAGAAAUGGAAACAUUGGCCAGUGUCCUUCAGUCAGAUAUUGGCCAAGACAUGCGUGUUCAUAACAGCACAUUUCUGUGGUUUAUACCUUUUGUUCAGUCUCUGAUGGAUCUUAAGGAUUUGGGUGUGGCUUACAUUGUAGAAGUUAUUCAUCAUCUCUACUCUCAAGUCAAAGACGUCCUCAACCAGACAGAUGCUCUGUGUGACAAAGUCACUGAAUUUUUCCUUCUAAUUUUGGUAUCAGUGAUUGAACUGCAUAGAAAUAAAAAAUGUUUGCAUUUACUGUGGGUUAGUUCCCAGCAGUGGGUAGCAGCCGUUGUAAAAUGUGCCAAGCUUCCGACUAGUGCGUUUGUACGGAGUUCUGAGAAAUCAGCUGGAAGUUGUGCCAAAGGAACAGCACCGAUCGCAUCACUGUCCCUGCUUUCAGUGCCAUCUAACUCUGUACAGCUUGCUUGCGUGCAGCUGAUUAGAAGUCUCCUUAAAGAAGGUUAUCAGCUUGGUCAGCAGACUCUUUGCAAGCGGUUCUGGGACAAGCUUAACCUGUUCCUUCGAGGAAAUCUAUCUCUAGGUUGGCAGUUGACUAGUCAGGAAACCCAUGAGUUACAAACUUGUUUAAAACAAAUCAUUAGAAACAUAACAUUAAAAGUGCCUCAGGGUAACGGUAACACUUUUGUGAAUCUGGCUCCUACGUAUAAAACCCCACCUGCAUCUCUGAAAGAACAAAAUGAAGAAAUAAGAAAGAAGUCUAAAAAAGGUACCCACUCUCUGGAAAAUUCUAGCCCAGCAUUUUCUAAUGAACCAGUGAAAGCUGAGAUAUACGAGGGGCAAGAGCAUAUACUGAUUAAAGCAAGUAACGCUGUAGAAGGGGAUCAUGAGCAAAAUUAUGGAAAGGAUUUGAAUGUUGAAGACCAUCUCUCAGCUGAGUCAUGGUUAAAGCAGAAUGGCAAAAGCCACUUUACUGAAAGAGCUCAAGGUCAAGUGAAAGUAAGCAAAGGGAAGCAGAUGUCUGUGAAGGAGAACUCUUCAUAUACGCCACAGAUUUGUACUUCACGAAAUGAUCUAGGAGGAGAGUGUGACAGGGGAAUAAUAAUAUCUACACAUUCAUUGACUGAGUCUGGCACUGCUCUGGAACAGGUGUCCACAUCAAAUGAGGAUUUCUCCUUAAAGGAUGAUGUUCUUGGUAAAACCUCAAAACCAAAAACGAAGGCAGAAAAAGAUGAAAUCUGUGCAAAGUUGUCACAUGUCAUAAAGAAGCAACACAGGAAAAGUACUGUUGUCAGUAAUGCUGUCAGUUUAGAGGAAAAUCUGAGAGUAUGUAACACAGAGAGUUUCUGUUCAGGAAAAGAUAAAGGUGUUCAGAAAGGGGGUAGAGUCACACAUGGUCUGUCUUUAGACCUUGACGGUACUCUGGAUGAUGAAAAUGGAGAACAAAAAUCACGAAACAGUUUGUUACUAAAAAAGAAGCAAUUAAAGAAUGAAGAAUUAGAUAUUUUUUCUUAUUGUGAAAACAGUUGUGAAAUACAGGAGUGUCACGAUAGAGAUUUGGUCUCAUUUACAGAAAUAAUCGAUACUUUGGUGAAGAAGACAUCUCCCUGUAAGGAGCCCAUGACCAUACUUGAAUCAAGAGAAAAGGAAAUGAGUAAGAAUACAGCUCUGAUUUCCUCUGACUUGAAGAAAGAACGGUCUCCUGGCAUCAGUCCGAAGUCUGACAUCUUAACAGACUCUCAGGUAGACAGAGACCUCCACAAAUUAUCUUUAAUAGCUCAAGCUAGUGUUAUUAAAUUCCCAACAGAUUUAACUCAAGACUCAUUCCAGCUGCAAAGAAAAGUAAAAGACACUGAAAGAUAUCUCACAGCUCAUCAUAAUAAUGUGGACAACUGUUGUGAACAAGUUAUUGUUAUUUCAGAUUCUGAUGAUGAAGAUGAAAGACUUCUGAGUUUUGAGAAAUACAUUGAAAAGGACAAAACGUGCCUCAAAAAAGAAUGUCCAGAGCAGCACGAUUCAGUGGUUAAUACUAAUGCGGACAAACAGCUCAUAAAGGAAGAAAAGACAUCAUCUUUUCUGUUUGAGGAUUCUGAUUCUCAGGUUUUUGAGUUUGAAAGUCAGUCUGAAGUGUUUUCAGUUUGGCUGGACCACAAAGUAGACAAUAAGAAUUCAGUUCAAGAGGAGGAAAAAAAUUCACGUGUAACUAAUGUAGCUGGUAGCACAGAUAAUUGGGGUUAUGGCACAGGUUAUGUAUCUGAAGAGGUGGUUCAACAAGUAGCAGAGGACACGGAGCAUGUAGAAGCACGUAGGAGUGUUUCUGUUAAGGUGUCUUGUGAAAUUGAAGUAAAAAAUCGUAAGAGAAAGCGAGUUGAAAAACCUAGGACUGAAGAUCCUCCAAGGCCUUCAUCUUCUGUCAGAGAUGAGAGCCAGGCUAACAUUUUUAAGGAGAGAGAGCUUACUGAAAAUGAUUUAAAAAGUACUGAGAUGAGUACCACAACUCUCAGUUCAAGUGUGCGGAGAGCCACUACUGUCCCACUGAAGAAGUCUCCUACAAAGGCUCGUCCUUCAAAACCCGUUAGGAGAGUACCAGUUUCUAAAACUCCUAAGAAAACACAUUCAGAUGGCAAAAAAGGGCAGAGUAAAAGUUCCCAUUACUUAAGUUGUAGAACAACUCCUGCUGUAGUGCCCCCGAAGAAAUCUCGCCACUGUCCUGAACCAACUUCAGUGGCCGAGAAACUUGGGCUGAAAAAGGCUCCUCGGAGGGCGUUUGAGUUGUCCCAGAGGUCUCUAGACUAUACUGUUCAGUUACGGAAUCAUGGCAAAACGGUUGGGGUAGUCGAUACCUCAAAAAAGACUCAGACUUCUGCCAAAAAUACUAAGAAAUCACUGGCAAAUCAGGAUCUUCAGUUGCAAAGGCAGAUGAGACAGAAAUCACACAAAAAAAGAAAAGAACCCCAUGGUUGUGAAGGCCGAAAUGCUACAAGAGCGGGGCCAGACGGAACACUGAAUUCUGACAUAGUUGUACCAGAAUUUGAUAGGUUAGAUUACAGUUCCAUAGGACCCAAGGUUCUCACUAACAGCAACGAAAAGGAGCUGGUAAAAUUCAUGUCUUCAGAACCAGAAGCCCUAAAAGCGGAGUACGUUUCUGAGAUGACUGACAAUACUGGUUUUUUGAACCAGUGUGAUUCCAGAGUGUUAAGUGGAAUAAUACCAACAGAUGAAAUGACUGUCUCUACUUCAGAGGACCCUUUAAGUAGAGGUGAUCCAACAGGGCAUCAGGUAGCAGUGGCAACUCUGAAAGAGGCAGAAGUGGAAUCUAAUAGUGACGAUGAUGAUAAUUUAUUUUUAACACAGCGUGAUCCUGAAGAUAUGGAUUUAUGUUCACAGAUGGGUGAGAGUGAUAGACUCAUUGAAGUCCUUCAUAGAGAAGAUACAGCGCAGGUGGGAAGUUCUGUAAGUUGGCCUCAGUUGGGAGAAAGUGGCACAAAGUGUAAGUACAAGGACUGUGUGGAAACCCUGAGAAACCAAGCUGAAUAUUGUUCAAGACACUUGGAAGCCAAAGCGGCUGAUGAAGAUGUAUUUCGUAAACCUGGCUUGCCUCCUUCUGCAAGGAGACGUUCCACCACUAAGAUUUUCAGCUCAAGUAGUACUUCACGAACCGCUCAUCUUUCCAAGUCUUUGGAAAGUUCUUCAGUACUUCCAUCAGCUCUAAAAAAUAAAUCAAAUGGGGUGCAGUCCGUUUUGCAAGUGCCACAGCCCAUUUCUUUGGUCUCUCAGAAACCGGUGGGUGAAGUGAACAGUUCUUGCGGUGUUGCUCAGUCUCUCAGGCAAGCUUACAAACUUCCCUCCAGUGAAAGCAAAUUCUUUUCUGCUUCCCCGCCAAUGAACAUGCUCCUCUCACAGUCUCUCUCUGACACCUUUGUUAACGAAGUCUUAAAAUGGAAAUAUGAAAUGUUUUUAAACUUCGAUCAGUGUGGACCUCCAGCAAGUCUUUGUCAGUCCAUCUCAAGACCGGUGCCUGUCAGAUUUCAAGAUUGUCGAGAGUAUUUUCAUGUUUUUUUGCCUUUGAUAAUACUGAAUACUUUUGAAACAGUGGCUCAGGAAUGGAUGAGCUCUCCAAAUAAAGAGAAUUUCUAUGAGUUGCAGUUACGAAAAUUUCCGGCUGAUUAUAAAAAAACCUGGGAAUUUGUAGUGUAUCUCAAGGAGUGUGACCUGGCUAAACAGUUUCAUCCAAAGGAAAAUGAUUUGGUGUUUCUCAUUCCUGAGGGAUUAAAUGGAGAGAACGAUAGAGAGAGACAUUGCAUUCAAGAGCCCUAUGAAUAUCAUUGUGGUUACAUCCACAGAUUUCGCCGCACUUCAGUCAUGCGUAAUGGAAAAUCUGAGUGUUCCCUUUCCAUUCAGACUCAAGAUAAUUUUCGAGCCAAUUUAAAUGAACAUAUGAAAUGCAUUGUAAUCAGUUCUCUGGUAACUACACAAAGGAAGCUGAAAGCCAUGUCUCUGUUGAGUGGUCGGAACCAGCUGGCCAGAGCUAUUCUGAACCCAAACCCCAUGGACUUCUGUACCAAAGAUUUGCUGACUACAACAUCUGAGAGAAUUAUUGCCUACCUGAAAGAUUUCAAUGAAGAGCAAAAAAAGGCAAUAGAAACUGCGUAUGCCAUGGUGAAACACUCACCAUCCUUUGCCAAAAUCUGUCUGAUUCAUGGACCGCCUGGAACAGGAAAAUCAAAAACUAUCGUUGGCCUCCUCUUCUACUUACUAACAGAGAACCAGAGAGGUGGGCAUUCAGAUGAAAACUCCAAUGCCAAGAUCAAACAGAACCGUGUCCUUGUGUGUGCGCCUUCCAAUGCAGCUGUUGAUGAACUUAUGAAAAAAAUUAUCAUCGAAUUCAAAGAAAAAUGUAAAGACAAGAAGAAUCCUUUGGGAAACUGUGGAGAUAUAAAUUUAGUACGACUGGGUCCAGAAAAAUCUAUUAACAAUGAGGUCCUAAAAUUCAGUUUGGACAGCCAAGUGAACCACAGAAUGAAAAAAGACUUGCCUUCUCAUGUUCAGGAGAUGCAUAGAAGAAAGGAGUUUCUAGAUCAUCAGCUGGAUGAGCUUUCCCGUCAGCGAGCUUUAUGCCGAGGUGGACGGGAAAAACAGAGGCAAGAAUUAGAUGAACAAAUUGCUAAAGUUUCCAAAGAAAGGCAAGAACUUGCUUCUAAAAUUAAAGAGGUUCAAGGGCGCCCACAGAAAACCCAGAGUAUCAUUAUUUUAGAGUCCCACAUCAUCUGCUGCACACUGAGCACGAGUGGAGGUUUACUGCUGGAGUCCGCUUUUCGGGGGCAAGGAGGUGUCCCCUUCAGUUGCGUCAUUGUUGAUGAGGCUGGGCAGUCCUGUGAGGUCGAGACUCUGACGCCGCUCAUCCACCGCUGUAACAAGCUCAUCCUGGUAGGAGACCCUAAGCAGCUCCCCCCGACGGUCAUUUCCAUGAAAGCACAGGACUAUGGCUACGACCAGUCAAUGAUGGCGCGCUUCUGCAAACUGCUGGAGGAGAAUGUGGAGCAGAACACGAUCGGCAGACUGCCAGUUGUGCAGCUCACCGUUCAGUACAGGAUGCACCCGGACAUAUGCCUCUUCCCUUCCAAUUACAUUUAUAACAAGAGCUUGAAAACACAUAAGUUUACCGAAUCUGUUCGAUGCUCAUCAGACUGGCCCUUUCAGCCGUACCUCGUGUUCGAUGUCAGCGACGGCUCAGAGAGACGGGAUAACGACUCAUAUAUAAAUGCUCAAGAAAUAAAAUUGGUGAUGGAAAUAAUUAAACUUAUUAAGGACAAAAAAAGAGAGAUUAACUUCCGAAACAUUGGAAUAAUAACCCAUUACAAGGCUCAGAAGACGAUGAUUCAGAAGGAUUUGGACAAAGAGUUUGAUAGGAAAGGACCGGCAGAGGUGGACACCGUAGAUGCCUUCCAGGGUCGCCAGAAGGACUGCAUCAUUGUCACCUGCGUUAGAGCAAACACCACGCAGGGCUCGAUCGGGUUCCUGGCGAGUUUGCAGAGGUUGAACGUCACCAUUACGCGUGCCAAAUACAGCCUUUUCAUCCUUGGACAUCUGAGGACCCUGAUGGAAAACCAGCACUGGAACGAACUGAUUCAGGAUGCUCAGAAGCGCGGGGCUAUCGUUAAGACCUGUGACAAAAACUACAGACAUGACGCUAUGAAGAUCCUGAAGCUUAAGCCCAUGCUGCAGCGCAGCCUGACCCACCCCCCCACCGCCACCCCUGAGGUGCCCAGGCCCCCGGGCGGUCUGCCCAGCAGCAGGCUGGACAGCGGGCUCGCCAGGACGUCCUUCGCUCCUUCUCUGUACCACAGCCCCUCCGACUCCAGUGACGCUGCUACCACUGUGACUGCAAGGGACCCUGAAAGGCCACCUCUGCAAGACCGACUUCGAGACCCACGACUGCUCAGGAGAUUCGAAGCGGAAGCCAAGGCGGGGACAUUCCUCGGGGAUCCGCAAGCCCUGAGCCCCCAGUGUUCUGCAGCAACGCCUCCCUGGGCAGAGCUGGGCUUUUCUGUGACUCACCAGGACAUGAGCGGUGCCCUGCAGCCGUCUGCUGCUAACAUCACCCCUCCGAGCCACCACAGACCUCUGGCACAGGGUGAGCCUGCUGCUGCUGGCACUGACACAUCUGGGAAUAGAAGGAAAGGUGGUGACCCGGAGGGCAGGCGAGGUCACAGGAGAGAGGCUUGGGGUCUCAGUGAGGGUGAGCAGGAGAACUGCGGCUGUGUGACUUACCACUCAAAGAGGGACUCUGCCUGGGACUGCAGGAGACCGGAGGAGGACAGCAGUUCCAAGAAGAGAAAGCUUUGGCAGUAAAGCCACGUGAGGGGACUGCCAGCCACGGGCACUUUAUGAGCUUGAGGUGACCAGUGACGAGGACCAUCCCGAUGAGGUGAUUAGUUUUUUCCUUUAAGGAGCGUGUGUGCCACUGGCAGACACAGAAGUACGUCCCGAUGCCGAGCCUUCUGGUCACCUUGAGUAGAUUUUGCCAGUUGCACAUGUUUUCUGAGGGCAUUUGAGCAUCUGUAAUAAUGUCCUUGAAAUCGUUACUCCUGUUCUCUGAAUGUUGAGCUUUAGUUCUUCUGUAGAGAAGGGGGUUGGUCUGGAGUGAGUGUUGUAAAAGUUGCAGUGUAUAUUUGUAUAGCAAAUAACAAAACCCUUUUAAAGUUUAAUCUAGCAGACCACUUUUCCUUGCUUAAAAUGUUCAUCAUUUUUUAACAGCAAACUUUGUAUUAAAAGUGAGAGGAAGGCAGGUCCUUUUGACCAUUGUUACGGGGACAGGUUUCUCUAACAGCCUAGGUCAUGUGGGAUAAACUGAGUUAGUGCGGCUGGCUCAGGGGCUCUCAGCUGUGUUUAGAGACGACAGCCAGGGCCUCGUGGGGACCUCGGGAAGUGCAGUCAUGGGAGGUGAGGUGCCGGCAGCCGCGCUCUUCAGUGAGGCACCUGGACACAGGCCUUUGAGUCUGCGUCAGGUACGCACAUAGUUCUCUGAAAUUCUCACUCCUCUUGAAGUAGACGAAUUCUUGACCUGUUGAGGCUCUGAGAGUUACAGCAAAGCCUGACACUCCCCCAGCAUUCCGACCACCAGGCCGCUCUGGGACCACUGGGGCAGGCCCACGAGAGCAUUUCUGGUAGGAAAGGUCCACUCCGAGAAGGAAAGUCCCAGAGUAAGAGUUGAGGAGGAGGAAGGGAGCCGACAGAUGUCCCACUGUCCUCAGGGCUGAGGAGGCUCAGGACGGAGGGGCCACGUGACUUGGUCCAGGAAUCCAGGCGUCCACACAGAAGGCGCCUGAGCGUGUGACUGACUGGACAGACGACCAUAUGACAACUUGGGGCUUGCAGUGAAUGCUGCGGAGCCUGCCCACUCAUUUGAGGCAGAAAGACACGUUCCCAAGGUGAAUAUGCACUAUCUGAAAUGGCUUUUCUCAUUUGCUUUCUCAAGCAAAAAGUUCGGUGUAGAAAUGCUCUUGGCACAGGGUGUACAGAGCGUUGUACAGCCAGCCCUGGCUGCCCGGUUUCCACGGCUCCGUUACCCACUGAUGCCUGCACGUCUGCCUUGUGUCAGCUGCACACCUUGAGACCAGGGUGCGAGGGGGGCCUCCUCAGAGCCGACGCCUGCCCCCCGUGUGUGGGUGCAGUCUGUCCCAGGCUGCGCGCUGAGGGAGCCCAGGGUGCGGUGGGGUAAACCCCGCGCUCUCUGCUCCAUGCUUCCUCCUUGUACCUUUGCCAAGAGACCUCCUUGUUACCGCAAGUUUCCUUUCCUGUUCUCUUGGCAGAGUGCUUGGUUUAGCAGAGGCUUGUGGGUAAGUGGAGAGUCCAGGUAGCUCAGGGAGGCGUGGGCGGAGCCGAGAGCCAGACGUCUCCCUCUGCGCCUGUGCUGAUACUCACGUGUGAGUGCGGAAGGGCUCCACUGGAGUGCAGAGAUCUCAGCUUCCUCUCCAGUGAGGAGACCUUGUUCUCAGGUUGUGUUCAUCUGUUGGGCCACUGCUCACUGGCUGGUUUAUGCCAAAAGCAGCGGGAGAACUGCAUUGUCCCUUUCUCCCACUUUUUGGUGCCGGUGGUGGAGCCCAGCGCCUCCUGCGCGCUAGGUUAGCGCUCCACCCCAUCCCGUGUCCUCCCUCUAAGCGUACAAGCCUCAGCCCAGCGACAGCCUCUCUCAGGAUACAGUUGCACCCAGCAUGAAGUUUGAAGCGUAUUUAUUGUAGUGGGUAGGUGUAGUUGCAGGGAGCUGCGUGUCAACUGUGGCCUUCGCUGACGUGGCUGUCACAGCGCGCACUGCUGAGUGGGGGUCAGUCUGUAGGGUGGUGAGAGACCCCUCCCCGCUUGCCGUGGCAUCGAGACAAAGUGCCCUUCUUUUGGUGUUAGCUACUCCAGCGGGAAUACGACAUAUCCUACUUCAGAACUUGAUUUGCUUCUUUGUACAUAAUUUUCCUUGGAUUUAAUGUGCACAAUUUGUUUAUAUGUUUUUGUGAAUUAUCGGGAGCAAAUUUGAUAACACAUGUGAAUAACCUGUAAAUAAAUUUCUAACAAAUGUGUACUAAACUAUUUUCUAAAAUUAGCUGUGCGGAUCGCCAGUUUCUUGCUAUAGCUUUCACAAUGCUAUGGAUUCAUAGCUGGAGUUUGGUGAAUAGUAGCCCUGUUACCUGUUUAAAACCUAAAUUUUAAGAGCCGAUGACAAUCAAAAAUAGAAAUAAAACACUGAGAUGGGUUGGAAGUUA